ACGACGGUGGCGACCUUGCCUGGGUCGAACGAUUCGCGCGCGCGAAUUGACGAGGCAAGGCGAGGCAAGGCGAACCAAGGCGAGGCGGGACGAAGCGGGACGGGACGGAAUGAGACAAGACGAGACGAGCUUUUCUUUCGUCUUCUGAUCGCGUUGCGGAUCUUGUAAAAACUCUCUCUCUCUCUCUCUCUCUCUCUUUCUUCCUUUCUCAAACACGCGGAAGUUAUCUGGAAAUAAUUCCAAACAAAAUUUAACAGCGCGCAACGAUCGCGCAAUCAAUGGUGCGAAAAUAGCAGCGACAGAGAGAGAGAGAGAGAGAGAGAGAGAGAGAGAGAGAGAGAGAGAGAGAGAAAUUGAGCGAACGAGCGCAUGAAACGACAUUGGUUGUUAUUUGUCUGUAACUCCCAGUGCGUGUUUAUUAUAUUCAUCUUCUUCCACUUGUUUAGUCACAGACGGUAGUUGGAGAUGUGGUUGGAGAUAUCGUUUUAUUUAAAAGUUUGCCCAAACCUCGGCCAUGAUUCGCCACUGACAGUUUUGCCGUGCCAAGAGACAUCGCCGCCAGCGAGUCGUCGUGCCUUCAACGUGUCGGUGAUCUUAGCGAGUGUCGUCACGUGCUAUACUUGAACCCGUGUAACGACAGCGCAAUGACUUCUCUAGCUGGGACGUAGUGGCGUCUAUUGCGCGAAUACACGUGCCACGGAAAUUCUAUAUUCCGCUCAACGUUUCGUUUUCGCGCCCGCGCUUUCCUCGACGUUUCUCGACAAGACGUUCCUCUUCAGACCAGGGAUUUCUCAUUGGCGAAUUUAUAUCAAAGCGGCAUUUAAUUCAACAUUAAUUAGUCUUUUAUCCAAUAAGAAUGGAAUCAAACGAUUUAUUUGAAAGAAUUGUUUUAAAUUAAAAAAAAUAUUAAUCUAAAAAUAUUUGCACGAUAAAAUAUUCUCAUCGUGUCGUCUGUCUCACGCGUCUUCGAGCUCCGCGACAUGUACGCAUCGUGAUUGUUGAAAAUUCAAUAAACUGUCUCGCGCGCGCGGACAGCAGUACGCGAGUUCAUUGUGGAAAAUCAAUGCUCCGAGAUGACAUUCAGCCCGUGUUGUGCAUAUAAAGUCAGACCGCACGUUGAAAUCGGACGACGUGUGCCGUCAUCGUCGGCGCCUGUUAAGCCUCAUUUUCACAUGGCAUCAGCAAUGUGAUGUGCUGAUCCGAAAUGCCGUGACAUUUAUGAUCGCGGCGAAAGUGGGAGAGAGGGAGAGAGAGAGAGAGAGAGAGAGAGAGAGAGAGAGAGAGAGAGAGAGAGAGAAAGAGAGAAGAGUUACAUAGCUAUUACGUUUUAUAUAUGCUCGCACAUGAACGAUUGCCGUCGAUAAUCACUGAUGCGCGCGACUCGAUUGUGUGUGCGUCUCGUUUUCACAGGAAUCAACCGCGACGAAAAUAUCCAACUCGGCUGUGUAAUUGAUAACUGAUCGCGAACCAUCUGUCGAACAGAACCGCGCACCGUUUUGCGUGAAAUGACAAAAUUGACGAAUGUUGUCGCGAUCGGUAAUCGCGUUAUCGACUUAAUUUUGGGAAAGAAACUUUUGCAGCACGAUAUUAUACAAUUUUCGCAAGGAAAACCGUAGCUGCAGUCAAAAUUACAUCUACGUUCAAUUCCGAUAGGAAAACUUUCUUUUUAUUUAGAAAAAGAUGGUAAAUGUAUCGCAAUGUAUAGAAAUCAUUGACGCGUGUAAUACCGCAACAGCGACUUAUUCUAGUAACGUAAAUCCCUUAGCGCUAUUCACUGGGCGAUUCAAUCGAGCAAAUCUGCAUCACAUUGGCGGCGCAUGAAAGAGAUUGUGUCUAUCGCGCGUCAUGCAUAAAAUACAGCGCCUCCAUAUAACGACGGCAUAUUUUUGUCGUUGACCCGUGCAAGAUACCAGAAUUAACGUGCCAAUCGAUUGCUUCUUUCUCUCUCCCUCCCUCUUUCCCUCUCUCUCUCUCUCUCUCUCUCGGAGAACGAUAUAUGGUGUCCCUUACGCCCACACACGCGCGCGCGCGCGCACACACACACACACACACAUACACAUACAUAUAUAUUCUCUCUCUCUCUCCCUUUCUCUCUCUCUCUCUCUCUCUCUCUCUCUCUCUCUCACUAUCUAUAUAUAUAUAUAUUUUUUUUUAUAAUAACGUUAUCGAUCAUCCCCACCUUUUAAUUACGUCAAUCUAUCGCCGCUUCGAGAAUGUAUCGCUUCUAUUGAUAAUGCAUGUAAUACGUCACAGUUCUAAAGGUAUGACGUGAAAAUGGGAGUUUUUUAUCGAUCAUUUCGAUUUUAUUAUAUAUCAUUCCAUUGAAAAUUUGAGGAUGCUUUCGAUUCUUAUACGGCAACUUUUUGAAAAAUCACGUCUUAGAAAAUGAUGUACAUUACAGAUACACAGUUUAAAGGAGCACUGUAAUUUUUUUGUCCCUUUGCGAUUAAUCUUGAGCUUGAAUUCCAAACGUCGCGAAUUUCACUACGGAACCCCGUGGAUUUCGUAUCGUUUGAUUCGCAUCGGCUCUCGCGUGCGAAACCUUGUAGCACCCGGUACAUAUCGAUCUGCCUUUCGCUAUAGCGUGGGCCAGGCGGAGUCUUGGCGUUAACCUUGAACUUUAACCUCAAAGCAUUGGCGAUUGUCGCGAGUGUGUCUCGCAACCUGACCGAUCGACACGGAUAGUCGAGAAUGAUCGAGCUGACAAACAUACGAGAAUCGCUCCAAUUAUAAGAUCAAUCUGUGGAAUCCGAAACGUGCCCUUCUCAAACGCAAAUACCGUGUAAUCGGAGUUGUCAGUACGACUAGCUUGUCGGACGAAGAGCUCAAAGCGAUAAUCUAAAGUUAGCAAGGGUUGCUCGAAAACGCGCAGAAUCCACUUGUGGGCUCGUUCGUAUUUUUCAAUCGAUCAAAGGGGUGUUUCCGAUCUCUCUGCAGGUCCGACAACCUUGUCGCACAAACAAGUGCAACAACAACUACGUGCAUUUCGUGUAAUUGGUCGUGCAUUACAUAAGCGUAACAUCUCAUCCCUUUCUCUCUCAUUCGCCGCUCUCCAUCUAUCCGCCCGAGAGAACGAGCGAGUGUCGAUGGUGAAACGAGGCAAUCGCAUUUCCUGCGUGCGUGUGUGGUCAAGGUCGUGGUCGCAUACGUGCGAAUCGUCGUGACGAGAACGAGAAGAGAGGACAUUGGUUUAUUUCGAGACCGCGACGAUACGAGAAACUGCAUAAAAGUCAACGAUAAAUAUUUUUAGAGCCCCUUGUCGCUGAAGACGAAGCGCUUUUUGCCGUCUGGAACAACAGUUCUUUUAAUAAUAAACCCUUGACGGGGCACGACCUCGCGCAUUGAUUACACUAAUCGUCGCUCAAUUACUUGAAUAUCGCAUUCCCUGCAGCUCGUGGUAACUUGACUCUAAUUACGCUCGUCGAAUUUUCAGAAUCGGUUAAUGUGUGGACGUAACUCUAAAGUUUACAGCUGUACGUGCAGAGGUCAAAUUGUCGCGUCAAACUGUUUAAAUUUAUCUGGACGUGACGGUUCGUGUGAGAAAAGAUCGAAAUGAAUUAUCAACGAGCGGGUGAGCGCGGCGAGGAAAGUUACAUUGCGUUUUUUGCCGAUUUCUUGACUGAACUUUUCUUUUUUGUGGCGAGCAGACCGAGUCGACGUUAUUCGUCUGCUCCCGAUAGCAGCGAGGAGGAUUCCCUCGGGACGAUCCUCCCAUUCUCCGUGCGAAUUUCUGGCGGGCUUGUGUGGCUUCGACCGGCGGUGAUCUCGCGAAAAGGCGGCGAGACCUUUCCUUUCUCUUAAACGCGCAAAAAGUGUAAAAUAUGACCGUCUGCGGCAUCGGACUUUUCAUAUUUGCCAGUUUACGCAUGCCACUCUUCUCGCGUACCCUCGCUUCGUGAUUUCGUGCAGUUUCAGCAGAAAAACUAAGAGAGAGAGAGAGAGAGAGAGAGAGAGAGAGAGAGAGAGAGAGAGAGAGAAUUAAUCAUCAUUUGAAUAUCACGAGUGUAUUUGUUGAAAAGAAGGGCGCUUUCAACCGCUGUUGCAUUCGUUUCGAUUACUCGGAUGUUUCGUUUGCACGUCGAGUAUUCCAAUUAUACGGUGCCAUUACUCAAGCAACGCCGCUCGUCGCGACUUUAAAUACAAGGAUGCAUUAAUCCGAACAAGUUAGGUUUCGCGCGAUCGGGACAACUGUGUAUCACCCAAUCAAAUCAAAUGAAAUCCAAUUCAAUCGGGCGCGUCGCGCCGUCUGUCGGCUCCCCCGUGACAAGAUAAUUUGACGAACGACAGAGAAAGAGACACGGCAAGACGGAGCAAGACGGAAUAAAACGUGACGAGACGGCGGCUCACCGCGGCUAUUUUGCAAUCCGGGCCACGGUAAAAAUUAAAGCGCUGCCUACACCCGUGACUAAUUGCACGCGUCAUGCCUGGCACACUUAAAACACGAUGUUUCUCGUAUAUCCGUCGGAAUUCUCGUCUCAUUGUACCCGAAAGAACCGAAGCCACCCAUCGCGUCGUACGGGCAAUCGCGCCUUCAUCAACCUGCCACCAAUUUUAUAUCCGCGCACGUUGGAUUAUGCAUCACGUGACUCGGCCAAAGAUACACGCGCAAUGACGUGUUUACGGACGUGUACGCUUUCACGCGUUUCGUUGCGAUUAACCUGGGAACGCCGCGCGCGAUCGAGUCGUUUUAACACGGCGGUAAAAACGAGGGAAGAUAACUGUUGCGGAAUUAGAGCUUGCAAUCGGAAUAAAUCGCCUAAGAUUGAGUUGCAGUGAUUAAUAAUGCUGUUCGCAGCGUGAAACAUAGACUCUGCGUGAACGCAAAUUCUCUAAUAGUUAAAUAGUCGGUCGAUCACAAACGUACCAAAGAAGUGCAGUGUGUGAGCAACCAUACCAAAUUGAUUACCAAAAGAAGGAGUUCUAAGCUCGAGCAGAACAAACGGCAGGUGGAGAAGAACGAGAGAGGUGGACAGUAGAGAACUCUCGUGAAAUGACGCGACGAGAGGACGGGGCUUAAGUAAGGAGUUCCGCUUAAGUAAAAGAAACAGUAUAAAGAGUGUGAGUGGCAAGAGAGGAGAAGGAAAAGCACAACGGGGUGGUUGGUACGUCGCUGGGUGUGAAGGGGAGGAAGAAGAACUGGCGAGAGAGAGAGAGAGAGAGAGAGAGAGAGAGUGUGUGUGUGUCUUGGAAUAAAAAAUCGGUUCACGGUGACGAGUGAAAGUAGAACGGGCAAGCCGAGCAAGAUGAUGAAGAAGGAGAAACCGAUGAUGUCGGUGACGGCCAUCAUCCAGGGGACUCAGGCCCAGCAUUGGGCACGCGGCAACACAUGGCUGAGCCUAGACAGUAACAUGUCGAUGUCGUCGGUGGGCCCGCAGAGUCCCCUCGAUAUGAAGCCCGACACGGCACUCAUCAAUCCGGGAAACUUUAGUCCAUCGGGUCCUAAUAGUCCGGGAUCCUUCAGUGCCGGUUGUCACAGCAACCUCCUGAGUACGUCGCCCAGUGGUCAGAGCAAGACGGUCACGCCUUAUCCACCUAAUCACCCUCUGUCGGGCAGUAAACACCUGUGUUCGAUUUGCGGCGACCGCGCGAGCGGCAAACAUUACGGCGUUUACAGCUGCGAGGGAUGCAAAGGAUUCUUCAAGCGGACCGUGCGCAAGGAUCUGUCGUACGCCUGCCGCGAGGAGAAGUCCUGUAUCAUCGACAAGCGACAGAGAAAUCGCUGUCAGUACUGCCGGUACCAGAAGUGCCUGACGAUGGGUAUGAAGAGGGAGGCGGUGCAGGAGGAGCGUCAACGCACCAAGGAGCGGGAUCAGAGCGAAGUGGAAAGCACGAGCAAUUUGCACGCGGACAUGCCGAUCGAGCGUAUCCUCGAGGCAGAGAAACGGGUCGAGUGUAAGAUCGAACACCAGGGAAAUUACGAGAACGCAAAUUCGCACUUUUGCAUCGCUACGAAAAAACAGCUGUUCCAGCUGGUGGCAUGGGCGAAGCACAUCCCGCACUUUACGUCGUUGCCGCUGGAGGAUCAGGUGCUUUUGCUCAAGGCAGGCUGGAAUGAAUUGCUGAUAGCCGCCUUCUCCCACCGUUCCAUCGAUGUGAAGGACGGUAUCGUUCUGGCGACGGGCACCACGGUGCAUCGAAAUACAGCGCAACAGGCGGACGUGAGCACGAUAUACGAUCGUGUGCUCUCGGAGCUGGUGUCGAAGAUGCGCGAAAUGAAAAUGGACAGGACCGAGCUCGGAUGUCUUAGAUCCAUUAUUCUCUUCAAUCCCGACGUGCGAGGCCUCAAGUCCAUCCAAGAAGUCAGUCUGCUGCGCGAAAAAAUCUACGCCGCUCUGGAGGAGUACACCCGUGUGUCCUGUCCAGACGAUCCCGGUAGAUUUGCCAAGUUGCUGCUUCGCCUGCCAUCCAUUCGUUCGAUCGGUCUCAAAUGCCAGGAGCACCUGUUCUUCUUCAACGUAAUUGGCGACCCACCGAUCGAUGAUUUCCUCAUGGAAAUGCUGGAGUCGCAAUCGGAUCCUUAGGAGCAGAAGGUGUGCCGCGUCCUGAGGCACACCGAUUUGUAAAAAGAAGAUGAAGAAGAAGAAGAAGACGACCACGACAACGACAAUGACGGCGACGGCGACAAAAGAGCAUAAUAGUACGCAUUCGACGUAUAACAAUUUCUUUUCUUAUCUUUGCUGUGGCGUUUUUCCGCAGAAUAUCAUCCGCGCGCCAAGUGAGAUGGAAUUUACUUACUUCUUUUCACCGCUACCCCUCCACCCUUAUCUCCCCCUCUCUCCCGUCGCGUCUCGUUAUUUAUGUUUACGUUAGAAUUUAACGACUCUCGUGUCCAGUGUAAGGAGACGAUUUUGACCGAUAUGUGUGAUAAUGGUGGCGGCAGUGGUAUGCGUCGAUGCGCGCGCGUGUGUGUGCACGUGCACAUAUGUAUAUAUGUAUGUAUGCAUUUCUGAGUGUGUGUGAGUGUGCGUGCGUGCGCGCGUGUGUGUGUGUGUGUGUGUGUUGCUGUAAAAGCAUGUGUACGCAUCGCGAUUAGAUGCAACUUAUACAGCUGUUGUCGAUUUACCGAAAAGAGGUUAAAAAUUUUUAUCCAAAAAAUCGGCAGUAAAGCGUUGCGAAGAAAGAAAAGAAAGGAUGGAUGAAAAUUUAGGAUCCGACAUUCGGUGGAUCGAAUGAUCGACAGCGGUAUUAUCGAUAUCAACAUGUGUGCUCAUUGUCGCAUACGCGGAGAAGCUAUAGGGGGAUAGAUAGAAAUCCUUACAAAUAUCGUUAAUAACAAAUCGCUGCCUCUUUAGUCUGUGACAUGUGUCGUGCCAUCACAACAAGGAUACCGCACAGCCAACGAUCGAUCCUUAUUUUGGACGACGGACGGGCGGACGAACAGACAGACAGAUAGAUGUUGCAUCCUUGUCGAAUCGCGUGUCUCAUGAAUUUGCGCGCAAGUUCCUAAAAUGUUUUCUUUACUUUACUUUUGUUAUCUUCCGCUCUCUCUCUCCCCCCUCCCUUCUCUUUUUCUCUUCUUCCUAGCGAGUUCGACAACGACGCAGACUAUAUUAGCGAAUUCUCGGGCAUCUUUACAUUCCAACUUUGCCUUGAUUCGGAUCGUUAUUUUACAAAAGAACCAUAAUUUGCAUAUAGAUGUAUGCACAUACUUGCAUCAAUACGCGCGGCUCUUGUGCGCACGCGCGCGCAUUAAUAAUAAUUUAUUGUUUUGUAUUCUAGAGUAUAUAAACAAACUUACUGAUUCAUAUUGAAUAUGCAUGGUAGCCCCUCUCUUAGUUCAGCAGCAUGUGACGAAGUACUGUGAACGAAGUAAUGGAAUUACGACAAACUAAAGUUCAAAUGUGCAAACAAAGUAUUUACUUUCAAAGUGUUCCAAGUUAUUAGGUUCUUUUUUCUUUCUUUUUUCGACAUUUUUUAUUAGCAGCCGUACGAUGUUAUAUGGCUUUUAGGCAGGUUUUAACGAUACACGUAGUAAACACUUGCAGCGCUGGAAUAUGCUCUUUUGUGUUUGGUACAAAUUUGAUAUGGCAGCAAAUAGAAAUAUAUAUAGAGCGAGAGAGAGAGAGAGAGAGAGAGAGAGAGAGAGAGAGAGAGAGAGAGAGAGAGAGAGAGAAUAGACAUUUUCCUCUGUUAUAGAGUUUACUGGCAUUAAGAUUUGUUUUUUCCCGAGGAAUGUUUGACGCACGGCAAAAGGUGAAAAAAAAAGAAAAAAAAGGAAAAGAAAAUGCAAGAGAAAAAACGAAGAAGGACGCAUAAGAGCUCUCGUGAACCUCUUGAAGAACCGAUGUUUGCGUAUGCAUGCGCGCGAAAUAUGUAAUUCUAUAAAUUUAGAAUAAGAAUUAACUGAUCGUGGACAGAAUUAAGAUAGAACCCUACUCUCGUUGUUAGUAAUUUACAGAAUAAUGUGUCACAUGAUUCGAGCUGAUGGACCAGCGAAUUCGUAAAUUCAUACGAGACAAGGUGUGUUUAUUCUGCCAGUUACCUUCGAAACUUUAUAUAUUACAGCAUAUAAAGACAACAUAUAAGAUAUAUAUUUUUCUAACAAUCCCUAUCUCUGUCUCUACUUCCAAGAAUCGAAUUAAUGACGCUCUAUUCAUGCAAAAUGGACAAAAUUUCAUAGUUUUAUAUCACGUUUUAUAUUACGUUGGGACUCGACUCGCGUGAAUAUCGAAACAGUUUUUAGGUAUAAAUACCUAAGAUAUUUAGAUAUUGUAUGUGAAUCUGUUUGAUAGGUUAAAUAGAUACACAUUUACAUACGUAUCUACAAUUUUGUAAAAAAUUGUCAAAUGAUCACAAUGGGAUGUAAUAUAGUGCAAUACAUUCGUAUUCCAACGUUAAUUUUCAUCGUUUUAAGUAACGUGACAGAACGUAUUUCGUCGUUUCGCGGAUAUCGUACAAAAUACCUGGCACUUCGCUGGACAUUUUCAGCUCCAAUCAUUGAUACGAAUUACUCUACUACUUUAGAAACCAUAAAGGAAGAAUCAUACUUACUUCAAUAAUAUAAAUUAUGAUAAUAUUAUUAUAUAUUAUUAAACACACACAUAUUUCUAUUUUUGCGUGAAUGCCUACGAUUGUUAGUUGUUGGUUAUUGUUAUCUACUUGAUGAGAGUUUUUAAUGUUAUGCAUACCGUGGUAAACAAACGCAAUUAUUAAAUUCAUACUUUUUUUUUAUAAUA